GUGUCGCCCGAAAUCAUAAUUUCAACUUUCGCGUAUACCUAUUACCUACUGGCUACUACCUAAUAAAAUAAAUAAUAAUAUAUGCUACCGAGUACCGAACUUAUCGAAGUAGCACGUCUCGCUCGCAGACCCUUUACCCAGUUACAUUCUGUAUGUUGUCUAAGUAAGUUUUGUUUGAUAAAAUUCAGUGACCAAAAUGCAUUUACGCGGUCAACAACAAUUCUUUUGAACUCACGAACUUGGUUUUUGUUUAAUUAUUGUCAUAUUAACUAAAACUAUUAUUAUUAUAAAAUUGGUAGAUCGUCGUGUAUGUUGUUUGACACAAGAAUAAUAUAAAAAUAAGUGAUUUCGGUUUAUUUUUCUAUCCAAAACAUGUCUCAAAUGAAGAUUGAUAAAACUAUAGUGCGGUUUGAAGAAAAAUGGCCAGAAAUGAGACCCAUUGUAAUCAAACUUUUACAACAAGAACCAGUGACUCAAAAUGAAUGGCAAGAUUUAUUUUAUGCAGUUCAUCUUGUAUGUCUUUGGGAUGAACAAGGACCACUAAAAAUGAAACAAUUUCUAAAAACUGACAUAAUGGAAUUUAUAAAAAAAGCUCAACAAAGAGUUAUGGCCCAUCAAGAAGACCAAGCUCUACUUAAAGCUUAUAUCAGUGAGUGGAGAAAGUUUUUCACUCAGUGUAACUAUCUUCCAACUCCUUUUAGACAAUUGGAAAAUUCUCUUACUGGUAAACUAGCAAUCGGUAUAAAAAAAUGCAAUGCUGAUAAAGAUUCUGUUGUCCGAAAGUUGAUGUUGGACAGCUGGAAUCAAAGUAUUUUUAAUGAUAUAAAACAGAGACUUCAAGAUUCAGCUAUGAAACUUGUUUACUUAGAGCGAAAUGGAGAGGCAUUCGACUCUCAAUUAGUUAUAGGUGUAAGAGAAUCAUAUGUUAAUUUAUGCUCAAAUUAUGAUGAUAAACUUCAAAUAUAUAGAGAUUAUUUUGAGCGAGCAUAUAUUGAAACAACUGAAGCAUUUUAUAAAGCAAAAGCCCCUGAAUAUUUAGAGAUUCAUGGUGUUCAAAAUUAUAUGCGAUAUGCUGAUUUGAAACUUCGGGAAGAAGAAGUUCGUGCUCAAAAAUAUUUAGAAACCAAUAGUGGUUCUGUCCAAAUGUUGACAGAUUGUUGUGUUAUGGUUUUGGUUUCUAAUUUUCGCCAUACUAUUUUAGCUGAAUGUACAGAUAUGAUUAAAAGCAACGAUACUGAAAAAUUAACACUUUUAUUCAAACUAAUGGACCGAGUACCUGAUGGAAUUUUAAAAAUGUUAAAAGAUUUAGAAGAUUAUAUUGUAAGUGCGGGUUUAGCAGACAUGAUGGCAUCAGCAGACAUUAUAACUCAGGAUUCAGAAAAGUAUGUGGAACAACUUCUUUUAUUGUUUCAUAAAUUUAGUAAUUUAGUACAAGAAGCAUUUAAUGACGAUCCAAGGUUUUUAACUGCUAGAGAUAAAGCAUACAAACAAGUAGUUAAUGAUACUACUGUGUUUCGAUUAGAACUACCUACAAAACAAAAUUCUGCUGUUAAGUGUCAGCCUGAAUCAAAAUGUCCAGAAUUAUUAGCCAACUAUUGUGAUAUGUUAUUAAGAAAAACUCCUUUAAGUAAAAGGUUAACUGCUGAUGAGAUUGAAAGUAAAUUGAAAGAUGUGCUACUUGUAUUAAAAUAUGUUCAAAAUAAAGAUGUUUUUAUGAGGUUUCACAAAGCACAUUUAACUCGUAGAUUAAUAUUAGACACUUCUGCCGAUUCUGAAAAAGAAGAAAAUAUGGUUGAAUGGUUAAGGGAAGUUGGUAUGCCUGCUGAUUAUGUAAAUAAACUAGCUAGAAUGUUCCAAGAUAUAAAAGUUAGUGAAGAUUUAAAUCAACAGUUUAAAGAAACCUAUAGAAAUCUUAAAGGAAGUAUUGCAGAUUCUAUCAAUAUUAAAAUAUUAAAUGCUGGAGCUUGGUCACGAGGUAGUGAACGUGUUACAGUAUCAUUACCUAUGGAGUUAGAAGACUAUAUACCAGAAGUAGAAGACUUUUAUCGAAAAAAACAUAGUGGUCGAAAAUUACAAUGGUAUCAUCAUAUGUCUAAUGGCACAAUAACGUUUUUAAAUGAAAUUGGUCGAUUUGACAUUGAUGUAACAACAUUCCAAAUGGCAGUAUUAUUUGCAUGGAAUCAAAGACCAAAAGAUAAAAUAUCUUAUGAAAACCUUAGAUUAGCAACAGAGUUGCCUGAUCCCGAAUUACGACGGACAUUAUGGUCUUUAGUUAAUUUUCCAAAAUUAAAAAAACAAGUAGUGCUAGUAGAGCCUGAAGUACCAUCUCCAAAAGAGUUCAACGAGAACACGUUAUUUUGGAUUAAUGAACAGUUUUCUAUAGUCAAAAAUGGUAAACUUCAAAAAAGAGGAAAAAUAAAUUUAAUAGGGAGAUUACAAUUAUCUACCGAACGUAGUAAAGAAGAAGAUAAUGAAUGUAUCGUUCAAUUACGAAUUUUAAGAGUCCAAGAAGCAAUUAUAAAAAUAUUAAAAAUGCGAAAACAAAUAUCAAAUUGGAAUCUUCAAACAGAAUUGGUCGAUAUAUUAAAGAAUAUGUUUUUACCAAGUAAAAAAAUGAUCAAAGAACAAGUUGAAUGGUUAAUUGAACAUAAAUAUAUGAAACGAGACGAAGAUGAUAUUAAUAUGUUUGUUUACAUUGCAUAAUUCUCAACCUAAAAGUAUCACGAUAUCUAUGUUACUACAUUAAGCUAUUGAGUAACAUUUACAUACUAGUUAAUGUUUGUUUUCAUAGUUUAUUUAUUUAUUUUUCUUUUACCAAAGAUUUUGGAUGUAAAUAUUUAUGUAUUAUUGUAUA